AUGCCUGGCAUAUCACUCGAGAUCAUAUCCCAUCGGCUAAACAUUAAUCCUGCCGUCCGAUCCGUUCGGCAAAAGCGUCGUGCUUAUGACCCAGAGCGAUAUGAGGCCAUGAAGGCAGAGGUGGACAAGCUAACUAGUAUUGAAUUUAUCAAGGAGGUGGACUAUCCCACCUGGUUGGCCAAUGUGGUGAUGAUUCGAAAGGGCACAAAGGGCUGA